GUCUGCCGUGGCAUGUGUGCCUGCGUUAACGCGUGUGUGCACCACUAAAAGAGAGAGAGAACGGGUGAGCGAGUCAGCGAGGAGAGGGAGAGAGAACGGGAGAAGGGAUAAGCGAGCGAUCGAGAGAAAAGGGGUGAAAGAGACGCCGAGUGCAUGAGAGCAAGACAAAGCAAUGAAAUUCAUCGGAGCUGUUUACCUCCUGUUCCUCCUCCCUGCUUUAAGCUUCAACAGCAGCUAUGAGGGGCUGGAAAAGAAGCUGAAGGAGGUUUUCACAGAGAGGACAGGAAUUUUACGACAACUCUCCAAAACAUCAAAGGAGCUGGACAGAAUAAAGGGGAACCUGCAGUCUCUUAAGAAUGAUGAUGCUGUGCCCAAGAAGGAUGUUCAGAGGAUCCUGAAGCUCAGUCACAAGCAAAGGGAUGAGAUGAAGUCACUCCAGGCAGCUCUGCAGAAACAACUAGAUGAUGCAGCUGAACGUGCAGAGAAACAGCAGGCCACCAUAAAGUUCUUAAAGAUGGAGAUGGAAAAGAAGAGCAAAAUCAUCAAAGACCUUCAGCAAGAGAAUAAAAGCCUGAAGAACAAACUUCUGUCCGGAAACAAGCUCUGCGACAUACAUGCAGAGGAGUCCAAAAAAAUCCAAGCCCAACUGAAAGAGCUGAGGUAUGGCAAAAAGGAUUUAAUUUUUAAGGGUCAGCAACUGAUGAACUUGGAGAAUAAACUCAAAGUAGCCAAAGAUGAACUGGAGAAGGCAGCACUGGAUAAGGAGUCACAACUGAAAGCCCUGAAGGACACCGUGCAUAUCUGCUUCUCGUCUGUCCUACACAGCCAGACAGGAAGUUUACACAGAUUUCCAGCCACAUCCACCAACCUGUUGAGGUACUCUGCCCUGGCCAACAAUUCAAGAGUCACCUUUCAGCAGCCACAUGCAAAGGACAUCCCGAAAGUUCCCCGGAUUACAACAACAAGUAAACUGCCUGUGAGCAGUGCAGUAAUGAGGAGAGAGAGCACAGGACCGAAAGACUGCCAAAUGGUGAAGGUGGGAGCAGACUGUUCCCACGAGCAGACAUUUGGACACAGUCAAUCGAAGACCCCAGAGCAGAUCGGACAAGGCCAAGCAAGGACAGCAGAGGAAAGUGUGAAAACAGACGGAGACCUAUAAAAGACACAAAUGGACAAACACAACUAAAGGGACAGUGGAAGACUUGGCAGAUUUUCUGCAUGGUAAAAAAUGAUGUCAGAUCUGUUUAAGCCCCUCUUCAUUCACUGAGCUUAUAAGCACACACACACACACACACACACAUACACACAGAACUGUAAACAAACACAAACAACGACAGACACAAACACAAAAUACUCAGUCUAACACUGCUAACGUAGAAAAAGAAAUUCCCAACAUUCAAUUUUGAACUUUCUUAAUAAAAACCAACCGCAUAGUAUGGCAUGCAUUAUAGAGUUUUAGAUAUUGAUUUUACAAGGUUACGAUGGUACUGGUUGUUUUUAAUAAUUGUUACUUUUUUUUUGUUCACUGUCUAUUUAGAUUUUUUUUUUCUCCCAAAGUGAGGACACAAUGUUCUUUGAUUUGUGUUGUUUGUAAUUAAAAACUAUUUCUGGCACCUCAGACCAGAAUUUCAGUGUUAAAGGUCACGUUGGGGGUCAUUUGAGUUCUGUAAAUUUACACAUGAGGUCAAAUUCAAACUUUCGUCUAAGCAGCAUUUCUGAAAAUAUUGAGUCAUGUCCUGAAUGCAAAAUAUGGCUGCACGAUUUGAGGAAAAAAAAAAAAAAAAAAUG